CAGGAAAAAAAGAAAAGCCCAAAUCGAAUCAGAUGGAGGAGGAGGAGGAGCAAAAGAGGAGAGGAGUUGGGUUGGUGUUAUUCCCAUGCCCAUUGCAGGGACACAUAAACCCCAUGCUUCAACUAGCCUCCAUUCUCCACUCUAAGGGCUUCUCCAUCAUCAUCGUCCACACUCGCUUCAACUCUCCUAACUCCUCAAAUUACCCUCACUUCAACUUCAUUCCCAUACCCGACGGCAUAUCGGACAUCCAAGCCUCUUUUUCAGAUGUGUUAGCCCUUCUCUCGCACCUCAACGUCAACUGUGCAGUUCCACUUCGGGAUUGCUUGGUUCGAUUGUUAUCUGAUCAUGAUAAUAGUAUUAGUACUAGUAAAGAAAAAGAGCCCAUUUCUUGUCUCAUCUCCGAUGCUAUCAUGCACUUUACACAAGGUGUUGCCGACGGUCUAAAGCUUCCGAGACUUGUGUUACGGACCAGCAGCGUCGAAUCCUUUCUUGCCUUCGCUGCCUUCCCAGUUUUGAGGCAGAAAAAUUACCUCCCCAUAUCAGAUUCAGAAUUGGAGACGCCAGUGACGGAGCUUCCACCUCUCAAAGUGAAGGAUCUUCCUGUGAUCAAGACGCAUGACCUAAAGACUCUGUACCAAUUGGUGGGUAGCAUGGUGGAUCAAGUCAAGGCCUCAUCUGGUCUAAUUUUGAACACCUUCGAUCACCUUGAACAAUCGUCACUGUCAGCACUUACUCAAGAAUUUCCAAUCCCGGUGUUCACAAUAGGUCCUUUUCAUAAACUCUUCCCAGCUUCUUCCAGUAGCUUAUUGACCCAAGACCAGAGCUGCAUCGCUUGGCUAGAUACACAACCACCUAAGUCUGUAAUCUAUGUCAGCUUCGGCAGCCUAGCCAGCAUGGAUGAGGCUGAAUUUAUGGAGAUGGCUUGGGGGCUAGCCAACAGCAAGUGCCCCUUCUUGUGGGUGGUUCGAUCCGGUUUGGUCCAUGAUUCAGACCGGGUUGAACCAUUGUGGCCUGAUGGGUUCUUAGAAAUGAUUAGUGGAAAGGGUUGCAUUGUCAAAUGGGCCCCUCAACAGGAUGUGUUGGCUCAUCCUGCUGUGGGAGGGUUUUGGACCCACAACGGUUGGAACUCGACAUUGGAGAGUAUAUGUGAAGGGGUGCCAAUGCUGUGUCACCCAAAUUUUGGGGACCAAAUGGUGAACGCAAGGUACGUGAGCCAUGUUUGGAGGGUGGGGUUACAUCUGGAAAAUAGGUUGGAGAGAAAGGAGAUUGAGAGAAACAUUAGAAGACUAAUGGUUGAGAAAGAAGGUGAGGAUAUGAGAGAGAGGGUUGCGUCUUUGAAGGAGAAGGCAGAAGCUUCUGUCAAGAAAGGAGGUUCUUCGUAUGAGUCUCUAGAGGAAUUGAUAGCUCAGAUCUUCUCAUUUUGAACACUUUUGUGGUCCACC